CAUAGGCGAUAAAAGCUUUUGUCCAAGCUUUCCCUAAAAAUGGAGAAAAGGAAAAAUUCUACACUUUUGGCUGAAGAUUUGAUAACAUGUUCUACUCAAUAAAAAGCCAAUUCCAGAGGGAGCACCCCAAAGAAAGGUGGUGCAGCAUGUGAGGAAUGGGUUUCUGCUGUUGGCUCUAUUAUUAUUAUUAUUAUUAUUAUUAUUAUUAUUAUUAUGAUUAUUAUAUUUUUAGAAGGGUAAGGUAAAGGAGGAAAGGUGAAUGAUGGUGUGGAGAUGGGUUAAAUAAUAUAUAGUAGAGAGGAUUGUGAUAUUUGUAGUCCUUUGGUGGUUUUUCAUUUUGUUUCUUAUCAUGUUGAUAGGUGUUUUGAAAAUUCUCAAUCCCCCUUUCAAGUUUUUUAGAUAGUUGGCUCUGUUUUUCUCAGAAAUGAAUAAUGUACAGUUUGGGUUAAUGUUUUGAUUAUUGUUAUUUGUUGUUGGCAAGUUAAAAUGUUCUUGCACUCUGAAGUUGAUUAAUAUCAGAAUUUGAAGUCAAGAUGGCUAUUAAAAUCUUUGCUUGCUUGCUCGUUCACAUUAGUUUCGAAUCUUCAUUAGUCAAGGGUUGCAUUAUGGACUAAAGCUCACAAAAGGAAGGAUGGACAACCGGUGAAUUCACAAGUUGCUGAGACACUUGAGCGUAUUGAACAAACUGAGGCUGAGACGACAGUUUCAACAACAAACGUGGUUGAUGAUGCUUUAAGUAAAGUUCUUGGCCCCGAUCGUGGUCAUGUAAGAGGAUUUGGGUUUGGUGUGACUCGUUCAAAACUAUCUCUUUUGUCUCACCAAGAUCACAAGUAUAAGGUUCUUGAAAAAGAAUAUUUGAAGAUGAAGGAAGAAAUGGUAGAAAUGAAAACAAUGAAAGAUGAAAUGAUCGAAAUGAAAGCACUUAUGUUAUCUUAUUUAAAGAAACAGACUGAACCAAGUGAGGAACUUUCAAAUGCUACUGCAAGUGUGCUUAAGCGACUAAAUAUUCCUCCAAUGCCUUCUCCAUCGAGUAUCAAUAACAACAGUCAAACUAAGUGCAAGUUAUUAGAUUGGUAUGGCUCGGGAGAGAUUGUUGCUGAAGGAAGAUGGUCUUCUAAUGAUCCAACUGCUAUGGUCCAUCAUAUUCCUAUUGGUCCACAUGCAAUUAGAGUAUGGAUUGAUGUAGCAAAGAAACCAAACGCAUAUUUGUGGAGGCCAACAUCAGAAAUGACAUGUAUUGAAGAAGCUUUGGGAAGUACAGUUGCAUGGCCAUCUGAUAAAGUGAUCAUUAGUGAAUGAAAUGGAGUCGUCUUCACCAAAGGACUAAAGAUUGUACACUUAUGACGAACUUUGCUUGUAGACUUAUGAUGAACUUUAUUUGUAUUUUGAAGGUUAAUUUGUGCGGUUCAUACAUUAUUUACUAAUAUGUGUAUUUUGAUUGGUAAUGUGUAUGGUUGGUACAUUUAGAAUGACUACAUUGUUUGGUAAUUUUAGUACAUUAUGAAUGGUUUUAUAAA